GUCAAACUAUGGUGUAAUUACACAAAUUAACAAUAGUACGAAUAAAAAAAGAGACCACUAACUGUCACUGGCAUUUCAGUGUAUAAUUUACUUUUGAAACGGGUUGUUGUCAAAAUUGAAUUGUGAAAAUUAUUGCAAAGUAUUUACAAAUCGCGCAUAGUGUGUGCUCUUUAUUAUUAGGCGAAAGGGAGCUUUAGUAUUUUUUUUAUUCAUUGUUUUUGUGGUUGUGAUACUAAAAAUGGAUAACAAUAGAUAUUAUAGCGGUCACAAUAGUAAUGGUCAUGCAAGCGAUGAUCCAGGCCCAAUUCCAGACCGAUGGCUAGAAUGUCCGCGUAUAGCAAAUACAUUCAUUACCAGCAAAUUUUUGGCAUUCAAAACUCCAUUAAGUGCACGUUUUUCAUCAAAAAUGGAACCAAAAUACCAUUUUCCACCCGAAAUGGUGUUCGGAUGGAUGAGAAUUGAAAAGAAGAAACUCGGACUUUGGAUUGAUUUGACAAAUACAACACGCUUCUAUAAUCGACGUGAUAUUGAAGUACGUGAUUGCGAAUAUAAGAAAUUAAAGUGUCGUGGUCAUGGCGAGACACCAUCAUUAGAACAAACACAAGCAUUCAUCGAAAUUGUUGACGCAUUUUCAAAAGAGCAUCCAUUGGAUUAUGUUGGUGUGCAUUGUACGCACGGUUUCAAUCGAACGGGAUUCCUGAUUGUUUCAUAUAUGGUUGAACGGAUGGAUUGUGAUGUAUCAGCAGCAAUCAUGGCAUUCGCACAUGAACGACCACCGGGCAUUUACAAACAAGACUACAUUGAUGAACUAUACAAUCGCUAUGAUCCAACCGAGGAUCAAAGAGCAGAGGCUCCACCAAGACCGGCAUGGUGCUUGGAAUACGACGAUGGUGAUGGUGAUCAAAGUUACAAUAAUUACAGUUCUUCCGGUCAGUCAAGCACAAAUGCAGUUAAACGAAAAUAUGAAAAUGGUUCCACAACAAAUGAAUUUGAUGAUGCCGAUGAUGAGCCAGAUGAUGCAAGAAAUGGUGAAAGCAGUACCGGUUCCGAAAGUGGUACAAAAAAGAAGCGACGAAAGGAAUUUCUCAAUUUGAAUGCAACGUUUAUGGCUGGUAUACAAGGUGUAAACCUGGUAACGGAUCAGCCACGACUUGGUGAAUUACAAGAAACCAUUCGGAAAAUGUGCAAAUUUGAAGGGAACGGAUUUCCAGGCUCUCAGCCCGUUUCAAUGGACAUGAAAAAUUUACGACUGUUAACCGAAAAACCAUAUCGUGUAUCGUGGAAAGCAGAUGGAACACGUUACAUGAUGUUGAUUCGCAAAGAAAAAGAAAUUUACUUCUUUGAUCGUGACAAUUCUUGUUUUCAAGUAACCGGCAUUCGAUUUCCGUGUCGCGAUGACCUAAAUACUCAUAUCUAUGACACCCUCAUCGAUGGUGAAAUGGUAAUCGACAAAGUGAAUGGUCAAAGCAUCCCACGGUAUUUGGUGUACGAUGUCGUAUGCUACAAUGGAACCAGUUACAUGGAAUAUGAAUUCCAUUCAGAACAAUUGUUCACCCGACUGAAAUGCAUCAAAGAAAAUAUUAUAGAGCCGCGCUAUGAGGCAAUGAAACGUGGGUUAAUAAAUAAAAUGCGUGAACCGUUCAGUGUACGUGAUAAGGAAUUUUGGGAUGUGACACAAGCGAAAAAACUUCUCGGACCAAAAUUCACAAAAAAUCUAGGCCAUGAACCAGAUGGUCUUGUCUUCCAGCCAUCAGUCGAUCCAUAUAUUCCCGGUCAAUGUAAUGUUGUAUUGAAAUGGAAACCAUUAAAUAUGAAUUCCGUUGAUUUCAAGCUGAAAAUUGGCACAGAAAGUGGUGCUGGGAUUGUAACUAGAAAAGUUGGAUAUUUGUAUGUCGGUGGACUGGAUCAUCAUUUCGAUACGAUCAAAGUGUCAAAACAGCUGAAGGAUUACGACAACAAAAUCAUCGAAUGCAAAUACGAGAACAAUCAAUGGGUUUUCAUGCGUGAAAGAACGGACAAAUCGUUUCCAAAUAGCUUCAACACUGCUAGCGCUGUAUGUGCAAGUAUAAGAGAACCGGUGACCACCGAAAUUUUGGAAGAAUACAUUGAAAGGAAUAGAUACAGAAAUUUAGUGCCGCCACCCCGAUUUUUUUGAACAACGCCCAUUCUACAUGAUGCAACAAACAACAAAACAAAAACGACCAAUCUAUUAUUACAAUAGAAUAAAAUGUACAUUACUUUCUUUUAAAGUACGAACAUAUUGAUUUGUACGCUCAAAAACAACUGUAAUUGCAUGAUUCAGGCGAAUGAAGAAACGCACAGAAACAUCAAAAUUAAGAUAGUUGUUCAAUAAAAUGAUUAUUCUAGAAAAUACA